GGCUGCUUCUGUAACUCGAGAAAAAGGAUCCUCCUCCACUCUCCAGUGAGCAGGCUGCAUGAUGUGAUGAGGACGCUUCCUGAAAGUCUGCUCCUCAAACAAUCUGCCGGCAGGAUAUGAGUAUUUUGAGCCCUGUGACCGAUAACAAAUCAACCCUUGUGGGAGGUCCAGAAGAAUACUCCAGUGCCAUGCAGUCAGAGGAGUUAUUCAGCAGGAAACUCAAGGCCUUGAAUGGAAGUAUGGGCCCACCGGCUUCAAGUAUGCAGGUGAAAUCUGAUGGUGCUGGCAAAGCAAAUGGUACUCCAGCCAUGCCUAAAAUGGGUGUCAGGGCCAGGGUGACAGAAUGGCCACCGAGGAAAGAUGGAUGGGAUGGACGGCCUUCACCGAACUACCAGAGCGUGAUCCCAGUUUUUCAGAAUGGACAGCAGGAACAUAUUGUGGAAUUGCUGGAGCCAGGAGAAGAGGUCUGUGUGGAGGUGGACUACAAUGACAAAUACACACUGAGUGACCUUCUCAGCCAUUCCCCGCUGAAGGGUCUUCAUCCUAUCCGUCAACGCAGCAACAGCGAUGUCACCAUAAGUGACAUUGACUCCGAGGAUAUAAUGGACCAGAACGCUGUCAAUCCAAACACAGGCGCUUCUCUGCACCGAGAAUAUGGCAGCACAUCCUCCAUCGACCGCCAGGGGCUUACGGGAGAUGGUUUCUUCACCAUGCUGAGAGGCUACAGAGUGGAGAACUUGGACCAUCGUAGCAUUCCACCUCUGGGUUUUCCAGAGCUGUUGCGCUGUGAUGCAUCCUUGUCUCCAAGCUUGCAGACAGCAGCACAAAUUGCCAGGGGUGAGAUAGUCCACAUUCCAGGUUAUGACUACAUAGACAGUUCUGUAUUCUACAGUCGGGAGCAGGAAAAAUCAUUUAUGAGGCGUCUUAAAUCGGAGUCAACCGAAACUUCUUUGUUUAGGAAACUAAGGACCAUUAAGAGCGAGAGCGAUGCCUUGCGGCUCUCCAUGGAGGACGACCGGCGACCGCUGAGCUUUCAGAAAUGUUUUGCGCACUACGAUGUACAGAGUGUGCUUUUCAACAUCAGCGAAGCAGUCGCAAGCCGGGCUAACUUGAGCCAGAGAAAGAAUACUACCACUGGAGCUUCAGCUGCCUCAGCUGGAAUUGGGCCUGGGGUUGGUGGAGUACUGGGAGGUGGUAUAGGGCCUGGAUCUGUGGUAGAUGUUGGAGCAGCAGGUUGUAGCAGUGGAAAUACUCCCUUGUUUGAGUCUCCGCUUGGAAGCAGAGAGGACCUGAACCCCAAGGAGAACCUGGAUGCAGAUGAGGGGGACGGAAAGAGCAACAACUUGGUGCUGAGCUGUUCGCACUUUCGUAAUGAGAUCGGUGGUGAGGGUGAGAGGAAGAUCUCCCUCUCCAGAGCCAACAGUGCCAACUACAGUGGCAUAUCCGAGAGCUGCUCUUUUGAGUCCUCUCUAAGUUCCCACUGUACGAAUGCAGGAGUUUCUGUACUGGAGGUGCCUCGAGAAAGCCAGCCAAUCCACAGGGAGAAGGUCAAACGCUACAUCAUUGAGCACAUUGAUCUUGGAGCGUACUACUACCACAAGUACUUCUAUGGAAAAGAGCACCAAAACUAUUUUGGCGUGGAUGAAAAUCUGGGUCCCGUGGCGGUGAGCAUCCGCAGGGAGAAGCUGGACGAGGGGAAAGAGAAAGAGGGAAUGCAGUACAACUAUCGGAUCACCUUCAGAACCAGUCAGUUAACCGCGCUUCGUGGAGCCAUUCUGGAGGAUGCCAUUCCAUCCACAGCGAGACACGGAAUGGCUCGUGGGCUGCCGCUGAAGGAGGUGCUGGAAUACGUCAUCCCCGAGCUGAACAUCCAGUGUCUGAGGCUGGCCAUCAACUCUCCCAAAGUCCCAGAGCAGCUCCUCAAAGUGGACGAACAAGGGCUGAGCUUCCAGCACAAAGUGGGGGUGCUCUACUGUAAGGCGGGCCAAAGCACGGAGGAGGAAAUGUACAACAACGAAAGUGGCGGACCGGCGCUCGAGGAGUUCUUGGAUCUGCUCGGUCAGAGGGUGCGGCUCAAAGGCUUCACCAAAUACCGAGCUCAGCUGGACAACAAAACCGACUCUACAGGAACACACUCCCUUUAUACCACCUACAAGGACUACGAGCUGAUGUUUCAUGUGUCCACCAUGCUCCCCUACACACCCAACAACCGGCAGCAGUUAUUGCGAAAGAGGCACAUUGGCAAUGACAUCGUCACCAUAGUAUUCCAGGAGCCCGGGGCCCUUCCUUUCACCCCAAAAAACAUUCGCUCUCAUUUCCAGCAUGUGUUUGUCAUCGUCAAAGUCCACAACCCGUGCACUGAUAACGUCUGCUACAGCGUGGCUUUAUCCAGAUCGAAGGACGUCCCUCCAUUUGGACCCCCUAUUCCCAAGUCUGUAACCUUCCCAAAGUCUGCAGUUUUCAGGGACUUCCUGCUCGCCAAGGUCAUCAACGGCGAGAACGCUGCUCACAAGUCGGAGAAGUUCAGAGCCAUGGCGACUCGUACGCGGCAGGAGUACCUGAAGGACCUCGCCGAGAACUUUGUGAGCACGGCUACCAUAGACUCGACCGUUAAGUUCAGCUUCAUUACGCUCGGAGCCAAGAAGAAGGAGAAGGUGAAGCCCCGGAAGGACGCCCACCUGUUAAGUGUGGGGGCCAUCACCUGGAGCGUCUGCGCCCGAGACUUCAGUCAGUCCAUGGAUGUAGACUGCUUGCUCGGCAUAUCCAACGAGUUCAUUGUGCUCAUCGAAGAGGAGUCCAAAAACGUGGUGUUCAACUGCUCGUGUCGCGAUGUCAUCGGCUGGACCUCGGGGAUUAUGAGCAUUAAGGUCUUUUACGAGCGUGGGGAGUGCGUCAUGCUGUCUGCUCAUGACAACUGCGGAGAAGACAUCCGAGAGAUGGUGCAAAGACUGGAGAUCGCCACCAGAGGUUGUGAGACGACAGAGAUGACGCUGCGCCGGAACAGCCUCGGACAGCUUGGCUUCCACGUCAACUUUGAGGGCAUCGUGGCCGACGUGGAGCCCUUCGGCUUUGCCUGGAAGGCGGGGCUGAGACAGGGCAGCCGGCUGGUGGAGAUCUGCAAGGUGGCUGUGGCCACUCUCACCCACGAGCAGAUGAUCGACCUGCUGCGGACAUCUGCCACCGUCAAAGUGGUCAUCAUCCAGCCUUACGAAGACGGCACUCCUCGACGAGGCUGCUCCGAGCUUCACCGGAUACCAAUGGUGGAGUAUAAAGUGGACAGUGAGGGUACGCCCUGCGAGUACAAGACGCCCUUCAGGAGAAACACGACCUGGCAUCGGGUGCCCACAGCUGCCGGAGCGCCUCUGUCCCGAGGCUCGCCCACUCAGGGCCCCGACCGCCUGCAGUGUCAGCAGAUCCUCCAGCAGCACCAGGCAGCCAUCCCACGAAGCACCUCCUUUGACAGAAAGCUGCCAGAUGGCUCCAGGAUGAUGCAGGACCUGGAGAACCCUCAGGUCACCAUAUGUAACAAGGGAGACCAGCACUACCGCAGCUCGCCCAGUAACCAGUCGUCCUCCAGUGAUCCAGGACCGUGUGGCAGCAGCAGCUGGUCCCAGCAGCCUGGAUAUGAUGGGUGUCCAUCCCCGAUCCUUCAUGAGCAGCCGGGGGACAUCCAGGGAGGGGACGGAGACAUCCGCAGGGAGAGAGAGCCCACUCUGGAAAGAACAAGAUCUGCAGAGGCGAAGUGGCACAUCCCGUCCACCAAGAUCCUGAACCCUGUGAAACAGAGAGACGGAGGGAAAGACUCGCCCAACAAGCUGUCCCGGAUGGGCGAUAAAAACUCGAGCCACUCGAGUAGCAACACCCUCUCGAGCAACGCCUCCAGCAACAGCGACGAUAAGCACUUUGGCUCCGGGGACCUGAUGGACCCGGAGAUGCUGGGCCUCACCUACAUCAAGGGGGCAUCCACAGACAGCGGCAUAGACACGAAUCCCUGCGUGCCCCCCGGGGCGCGGGUGUUGCUGCAGGGCAGGGCGGGGGAGCAGGGACACCCCUGGGUUUCGGAGCACCACGAGGACGGAAUGACGGAGGACGAUCACAGGAAGCUGUACCUGCAGCAAGGCUUCCCCUCGGCCAUCUUGUCGAGUCACGUGACUGAAGGCAGCAUCGGAGACCUGAGCGAGAUCUCUUCUCACUCGAGUGGCUCGCACCACUCUGGCAGUCCCCUGGCCCGCGGUGCCAGGUACUGCGUGUCCGCCGACUCCUCCAAGGUGUACACCAUACCCCAGACCAGCAGCUCAGGGCCGGAGCUGGGGCCCGGGCCCAGCUCGGAGUCCUGCGGACAGACACAAACACAGUCCUGUUGCAAAUUCCCCGUGGGCGCGAAGACGGCCGAUGGUGGCGAUGAUGGCCACGGCACUGAGGGACCUCCCAACAUUUCAGAGUGUGGAGGAGCGGAGAGCUUGUUAGCCUUCCUUCUCAAUAUGCUGUCCGAGCGUUCCAGGCAGCUGUAUGCUCAAGAGGCAGCCUGCCGGCUCCAGGCUGCUGAUCGAGAUGGAAAGUCACUGCAGCGACUUUCAAAAGAAGAAUUUUGUAAGAUGAUGCUGCCGGACAGCCCCCCAAGAGAAGAAAAGAACCGGAAGGUGUUAGCAGCAGGCAGUUUGUCACCGAGACGCUCGCUGUACCGGACGUUGUCGGACGAGAGCGUGUGCAGCAACCGUAAAGCCUCAUCAUACGGCAGCUCACACAGCUCCAUGCUGGACCAAGCCAUGCCCAACGACAUCCUGUUCAGCACCACACCACCUUACCACAGCACGCUGCCUCCUCGCAUGGUCCACAACCAGGGAGCGUCCAACCUGCGGAGUGAGUUUUGGUUCUCUGACGGCUCCUUGGCGGACAGGUCCAAGUUCAGCGACCCGGGCCUCAUGCCCCUCCCAGACACUGCCUCGGACCUGGACUGGUCCCACCUGGUUGACGCAGCACGAGCCUUUGAAGUCAUCAGCAGUUCUCCGUCCACACUGACCGGUAAAGUCAACCAGCUGGAGGUGAUCCUCAGGCAGCUGCAGCACGACCUCAGAAAGGAGAAGGAGGACAAGGCGAUGCUGCAGGAGGAGGUGCAGCACCUGAGGCAGGACAACAUGCGGCUGCAGGAGGAGAGCCAGACGGCCGCGGCUCAGCUCAGGAAGUUCACCGAGUGGUUCUUUCACUCCAUCGACAAGAAGCCCUGAGUCCAAGGGCGGAGCACGCUCGACUCCCGUUUCGGAGCUCCUCGUGAUCUAAACGUAAACGAUGUUCAGAUGAAACUUUUACCGAGAGUAUUAAAGACUGUUGUGCACUGUGUGAGAGCCCCGAGCCCCGAUCUGGACCGCAGCUUUGGCAUCCUCCCCCACCAGAAGCUGAAGGCCUCUCCGUCGAGCCAAACGGGGCUCCUGGGGAAACCUCGUUUUAUGCGCUGGACAGAAAUCGAGAAAGACAUCCCUCUCAGGGGGGGUCCUCCUGGAUCUCCUUACAGUAGUGGAAUGUAAAAAAACUCCUUCACUGUAGUCAACAUUUAAUCUACCUACGAACACGUCGGUCUACUGUACUGUACUCAGCUGU